AUGGACUUUAUUUCAGGACUUCCUCGCACUCAAAGGAACCAUGAUGCAAUAUGGGUGAUUGUGGACAGGCUAACAAAGAGUGCUCACUUCUUAGCAAUCAGGAUGGAUUACUCACUUGAGCGUUUAGCCGAAUUGUACAUUAAUGAGAUUGUAAGACUACAUGGGAUAUAUGUAUCUAUUGUAUCUGAUCGAGACCCAAGUUACCAAUCGAGUAUUGGAAUGCCUCCCUAUGAAGCCUCAUACGGAAGAAAAUGCCGGACCCCUCUUUGUUGGAGUGAAGUUGGUGAAAGAAAACUUGUUGGUCCUGAAAUUGUGCAACAAACAGAGGACAAGGUAAAAAUUAUCAAAGAUGGUCUAAAGAUUUCUUCGGUUAGACAAAAGUUGUACGCUGAUCUUAAAAGGCGUGACAUUGAAUAUCAAGUUGGAGAUAAAAUACUUGAAAGGGUUGGACCAGUUGCAUAUAAAUUAGCUUUGCCACCUGAGUUAGACAAGAUCCACAAUGUCUUCCAUGUUUCUAUGCUUAGAAGAUAUCGUUCUGAUCCAUCUCAUGUUCUUCUUGUCGAAUCUAUUGAGGAUAAUCCUGAAUUAACGUUUAAUGAAGAACCUAUUCUAAUUCAAGCUCGAGAAGUAAAGCAACUUAGAAACAAGAGAAUUCCCUUAGCAAAGGUACAUUGGAGGAACCAUUAUGGAAAAGAAGCUAUGUGGGAAAGAGAAGAAGACAUGAGAACCCAGUAUCCGCACUUGUUCCGGGACUAG